ACAAAAUGAAGCUCGUUUUGCUGUUACCAUGGGCGUGUUGCUGCUUGUGCGGGUCGGCGCUGGCCACCGGCUUCCUCUACCCGUUCCCGGCAGCAGCCUUGCAACAGCACGGCUACCCGGAGCAGGGCGCCGGCUCCCCCGGCAACAGCUACUCGAGUCGCCGGCACUGGUGCCAUCACACGGUGACAAGGACAGUGUCCUGCCAGGUGCAGAACGGCUCGGAGACGGUGGUCCAGCGAGUCUACCAGAGCUGCCGGUGGCCUGGGCCCUGUGCCAACCUCGUGAGUUACAGAACUCUCAUCAGACCGACCUACCGGGUUUCCUACCGCACGGUGACUGCGCUGGAGUGGAGGUGUUGCCCUGGGUUUACUGGGAGCAACUGUGAGGAGGAGUGUAUGAACUGUACCCGGCUUAGCGAUAUGAGUGAGCGCCUGACCACGCUGGAGGCCAAGGUCCUCUUGCUGGAAGCCGCUGAGCAGCCUUCAGGCCCAGACAAUGAUCUGCCACCCCCGCAGAGCACCCCGCCAACCUGGAAUGAGGACUUCUUGCCAGAUGCCAUUCCCAUUGCUCACCCAGGGCCCCGAAGGAGAAGACCCACAGGACCAGCUGGGCCUCCAGGACAGAUGGGACCACCGGGGCCUGCAGGGCCCCCAGGUUCCAAAGGUGACCGGGGUCAGACAGGAGAAAAGGGACCAGUGGGACCUCCAGGUCUCUUGGGGCCACCGGGACCACGCGGGCUUCCAGGAGAGAUGGGACGUCCUGGUCCACCAGGCCCUCCUGGCCCAGCAGGCAGUCCCAGCCUCUUGCCAAACAGCCCCCAAGGUGUCCUGUAUUCCCUGCAGCCACCCACAGACAAGGAGAAUGGAGACUCCCAGCUGAACCCUGCUGUGGUUGACACAGUGCUGACAGGUGUCCCAGGUCCCCGGGGUCCCCCUGGCCCCCCUGGUCCCCCAGGACCACAUGGUCCUCCAGGACCUCCAGGAGCACCUGGAUCCCAGGGACUGACAGAUGAGUGGGUUGUGGCAAGGUCAUCUGGUGAGCCCAGUGUGAAGGAAGAAGAGGACAAAGCCACUGCUGCAGAGGGUGAGGGUGUGCAGCAGCUUCGAGAAGCCCUGAAGAUCCUGGCAGAGAGGGUGCUCAUCCUGGAACACAUGAUUGGGGUCCACGAUCCCCUGGCCUCCCCUGAAGGAGGCUCUGGGCAGGACGCGGCCCUGAGAGCCAAUCUCAAGAUGAAGCGUGGAGGCUCUCAACCUGAUGGCAUCCUGGCUGCCCUGCUGAACCCUGACCCUGCACAAAAGAGCGUGGACCGUGCUGGCGACAGGAAGUAAGAACAAGCCCAGCCCUGCGGCUCAACAGCUGCCGCACCCUGAAGACGCCCCAUGUGGGGCUGGGCAUCAGGCAGGGACAAUUGUGAAAGACACUGGGAG